AUGUUUCCUCAGGUUUCGAAGCUUGCUGGCGUCAAGGCUGAAACCACGAUGCCCGGUGAGUUGCACUGGGAGGUUGGCUUCUUUGGCAAGACUCAGUUCCGCAAGGCUCUCCGCACUGACGGUAAGGACGUCAACCUGCCUCCUGAACUGAAGGACAAGAAGGAGCUCCAAGACGAAAAGGGCACUAUCGAGACCGAAGAGGAAGAUGCCGUCGAGCACACUCCUCCCGAUCCUCUGUGGCCCUCUGGGAUUCUUAGCAUUGUUGUCCAUCAAAUCGUUGGACUGGAGCUCGCCAAUGUCAAGGGUUCCAAUGGAAAACGCAAGGGACGCGAGUACGAGCCCGCCCGCCUGGACGCUGGCGAAGUCAAGGAGGAACAAGGCAGCAAGUUGCCAAGUUCUUACUGCACGAUUCUCGUCAACGAUGAACUGGUCUACAAGACGCGGACCAAGGCCGUGUCUUCUCAGCCCAUCUUCAACGCUGGCACUGAAAAGUUUAUCCGUGACUGGCGGUCAGGUGUGGUUACCAUCACCGUCCGCGACUCACGCAACCGUCAACACGAUCCCAUCAUCGGAGUCGUGCCCCUCAAGCUGUCCGACAUCCUGCAAACCGGCAGUGAGGCCACAAGAUGGUACCCUCUGGAUGGCGGUGUUGGGUACGGAAGAAUCCGCAUUUCGCUGCUUUUCAGAUCCGUUGAGCUGCGCCUACCACCGACUCAACUGGGAUGGGACGUUGGCACUUUCGAAUUCACUUCGCCCGAAAUCACCGCCAUCGGCUACGGUCAUAUCAAGACCAAGAUCAGGCUCCGCACGGGCGGCAGCUCUGCCAGCGUCAAGAGGGACACGUGUAACAAGCUGGAGGAUCAGGAGGGGUUCUCCUGGGACAUCAGUGGCGAAAACAAACACGACAAGAUCCGACUACCCGUCCGUUACCGAUAUAGGUCUCCCGUCUUCUUUGAGUUUCACCCUCCGGGAAAGCGUCAUGCAGAAGCAUUUGCGUCGCUUUGGCUUCAAGAUUUCCCUGACCAGGAGGAGCGAGACUUUGACAUCCCAAUCUGGAAGUGCGACAAGGGUUUACGUCUCUCUCAGAACUACAUCACCGAGGAGAACUUCAAGAACAUCCCUGACAUCCACAUUGAAGAGCUUGGUCGGCUUAAAUUCCGUGGUCGCUUUUCCACCGGAACUGAUCGCGACCACGUCAAGUUCGUCACUAGCAACGAUUCACGCGAGACGAUUGAAACUUGGGAAGCUUGUUUUGCAGAAGGCGUUCGGGGUGAGGAAGUCAAGACUGAGGUUCCUCCUGCAGUUCAAAGGCUCCAUGAUGAGUCUCUUACCCAUGGUCGCGAUGUUCUUGCCCAGGCCGACCCGAAGGAGAAAGAAAAGUGGCUGUCCAAGGAUGGAACCGAUUGGAGCACGGCUUUUGGAAAAGACCCGACUCAUUUGAUUGACGGCGAGCAAGAAGAUCUCAACUCCGAGGGACGCGAUGAUUUUGACGAAGAUUUUGAUGACGACGAUGACAGUAGCGACCUCGAUCUUGGGAUCGCCGACGCCAGCACCAAGGGGGCAAGCGACGGAACCCGACAGUCGACCGAUAGCAAUGCGAGUGAGACACCUUCGAAUGCUUCCAAGAAGAGCAACGGUCCAAUCCAGGCUUACAAGGACUACAAGAGCAGAAGCCGAGACCUGCAUCGCCAGCACCGCGGGCUGAUGCAGUGGCGUCCGAUGCGUAACGUGCAGUUUGCGAAGAACGAGGCCAAGUUCGCCGUCCGCAAGAUCACCAAGCUUGGCGCUCUCAACGGGCGCAAGCCGGAUGUUGAGACGGAGGUCUAA